AAGUCCGACUGUUAUCUGUUUGAAACAGAGAAGAGGUCAGAGUCAGCCAGUAAAGCCUCUCCAGUGUGUGUUCAGAACUUCAGACCGAGUGGAAGGGUGAAAGAGGAAGAAGAUGGUUCUAGUGAAGAGCUCAGCUGUCGUUCUCCUGCUGGCUCUGCAGUGGGCUGCUGGUUCUUGGGCAUGUCUGACUCCAGAGGGGAGGUGCGACUUUGUGUGCGACUGCACUGACUGCAGCGAUGAGUUGGACUGUGGGUACGGAAAAGGUUUUGAGUGUGACUUCGAGGACGCAGGAAUGUGUGGAUGGACUCCUCAGUCGUCCAGUUCACCGUACAGCUGGGAGAGACUUCAGGGGGACGCGCUGGCUGACAGCGGGCCCAACUCUGACUACACCACCGGCACCGCUAUGGGUUGGUUCAUGGGAGUAAAGGCGGUGAACGAAGACUUUCUCCAUACAGCUGUUUUAAUAUCUCCAGAGAUGAAACAGUCAUCACCAACGUGUCGCCUGCGCCUCAGAUAUUUCCUGUGGGACUCAGAUCAAACUGGUCUGGGCUCUUCACCCUUGUGGGCGUCCGUCAUCCACCAGGGUUCUCAAGAGGCCAUAGUGUGGCGUCCCGAGGCCUCCAGUGUCCGUGGCUGGAGGGAGGCUUCCAUUUUUCUGGGCCGCAUUCCCUCGGCCUUUCAAGUCCGCCUUCACUCGCAGCGCUCGAAGGGACAAAGGGGAGACGUGGCCAUAGAUCAGCUGGAGUUUCUAAACUGUGCUCUUCCCUUACCACUUCCUGGGAAAGAGUGUCCAGCAGGGAUGGUGGAGUGUAAAAGUGAGGCCUGUGUGGCACAGAGCCAGGUCUGUGACGGCACAGAUGACUGCGGCGAUGGGACUGACGAGGAGAACUGCGAUGGGUAUCGACGCUGUAACUUUGAGGAUGGCCUGUGUGACUGGGACCUGAGGUCACUUUCCAAACUGAAAUGGGUCAGAACCAAUCAGAAGAGCAUCUCUACUACGGAUCCUCUGAAAGGACCUGGCAGGGAUCACUCCAACAACAGUGCAUCAGGUUACUUCCUAUAUGUCACUGUCCCUGAGACUGGUCUCACUAAUGACUGGGCCGCUUUCCAAAGCCCAUCUCUUCAACCCACCAACAGUUCACAUCCGUGCAAGAUGGUGAUGUACACUCACCAGUUUGGUCCGAGGUCUGGCGGUUUGACGGUGCUGGUAUCAGAUCGUACCGUAAACCCCGUGUGGAAGAGGGGUGGAUCCCUAGGGGAUCUCUGGGUGAAGGCGGAGGUGGAGAUUGUAGCCGACGAGACUUUCCAGAUCUUGAUAAUGGCCGCAAUCAGAAACUUCAGCUAUGGAGGUAUCGGUGUUGACAGCAUCAGUUUGUCUCCUGAAUGCCGCUUGUCAUCUGAGAAUAAUACUCUGGAAAAAUUCCCCAACCCCCCAAAUGAUCCAUGCACUGAACCAGAUAAGAUGUGUGAUUUUCAUGAGGACUGUGAAGGAGCAGCGGAUGAGGCCAAAUGUGGGGAUUUCUCUUACCCCGAGGGCAGCUCAGGCUGGACUGACAUCAGCACUGGGAGUCAAGGCUGGGUGCUACAUAAGAAUUCCACAGCCAAAGAGGAGUACCUGUAUGUGGUGAAGACCCCAGGCCAACAGCUGACUGAAGCCCAGACACAGACCCCUCUUCUGGGCCCCACCGGUCCAGCCUGUAACCUUAGCUUUGACUUUGCACUUACUGGAAAUCCUAACCAUAUUGGUGAGCUGUCUGUCAGGGUGAUUGACAGCUUGCUGGGCAUGAGGCCUAAACUGUGGGAGUUCAGCGGGAAGACGGGAAAAGAAGAGGAUUCUUGGCAAUCAGCUAGUGUAUUCAUUGGAGUCAGGAAAUAUCGCUUCCAGCUGGUAUUUGAAGCCCGUGCUGCGAAACUCUGUCCAUGCGCCAAGAUUAAAGUGAAAAACGUUCGCUUCACCAGCUGUCACGCUGAUUCCAUUCCAUCUCUUCCAACAGCGCUGUCAUGUAACUUUGAAGAUGGACUGUGUGGAUGGUAUCAGGACAACAGUGACAACUUUGACUGGACAGUACAGGAUGGGAUGGACCACACCAUUGGAAUUGGUAGAAGCCUUGUUGUGGACAUGUGGAGUCCUUCUCUCCGUGGUGCAUUUGGGCGCUUAAUUUCAUUUCCACAGUCACCUGGUCCUACAGAAUACUGCCUGUCCUUUUUCUACAAGCUCUAUGGGCCCAACACAGGUGCUCUGAAUGUGAAGCUCUUUGACAAGACGAGUUAUGAGACUGUCCUCUGGACCCGCAGUGGAGCUCAUGGCAACAUGUGGCAUGAAGCCCAUUGCCCAGUACCACACCAGCUGACUGACUUUCAGCUAAUGUUUGAAGCAGUUCGCUAUGGCUUCGAUGGGCGGGUGGCCAUUGACGAUGUAGUAUUCUUGGACGGCCCAUGUCCUAUACAAAGGAUGUGUUCCUUUGAAGCCCAGCAGUGUGGAUACAGCAGCUCAGGUGAUAUUCGCUGGCUCCACCGCAACGGACACACGACCACGACCGGACCCAAAGCAGAUCACACUCUGGGGACCGAACUAGGUUUCUACAUGAUGGUUAACACCGCAGCAGCCAUCCUCCCCUCUGGUGGCACCACGGUCCUCUCCUCCCCUGUUCGCUACGGAACCACCAAGACCGAGUGUGUCCAUUUCUGGUACCACAUGGGAGGAGUGAACCCUGGUUUCCUGACGGUGUAUAUGAAGCCAGCAAAGGGAGACAGGGUGAAGAUCUUCUCUGACAGUCUGAAUCAAGGAGACGUCUGGCGCCAUGGUAACGGCAACAUCUCGAGUGGCCUCCUGGACUGGCAGCUGGAGUUUGAGGUGAUCGGAGCCGGGGGAGAAAGCACUCACGUUGCAGUCGAUGACAUCUUCAUUUCACCUCACCCAUGUGAAGAUCGAGGUUCCAAGUGCACUCUGGAGACAGGCAUGUGCAGCUGGAGCAACACUCAAAACAGCAAAGUGGAUAAACUGGACUGGGAGCUGACGAGUCAGGAGGCUGAGCAGCACUACUCCACCCCGCCUGAAGACCACACUCUGGGCAAUGAAAGGGGUCACUUCCUGUUCUUUUCAAGCAGCAAUCGGACGGCAGCCAAUCAAAACGCGCAGCUGUUUAGCCCUCACCUCCCUCCAACUAAGGGCACCUGUCUGAAAUUCUGGGCCUACAUCCCCUCCUCAUCGGACUGCCUGCUGAACGUGUGGAGGCUGUCUGAAGGUCAUCUCCAUCAGCUGCUGGUGGUGGAUAAAAUCAGGGGGCCAUGGCUACGCUUUGAUGUUAACAUCGAAUCUGCUGAGGAAUACCAGAUCGUGUUUGAAGGAAUCAAAGGUACCUCAGGUGUUGUCGCUCUGGAUGACAUCGAGUACACCAUCGGGUUCGAUUGUUCUAACAAACACACCGACUCACUAACAACCUCAUCGUCGGUAGACAAUGUCGGAGGGAUCGCAGCAUCUGUGAUUGUGGCCCUGCUGCUGAUGGCCACGCUGAUCGCCCUGCUGAUUUACUACCUGCGGACAAAGCAGGGGACUGUCUCUUCGCCUACUUCAGCUGCUGGUGGUUUCACCAACGAAGUAUAUGAAGGAGGCGUCUCAGAGGACCAUGUGAAGAUUCCACAGAUUCAGAACCAUCCAAUGGCAGCCGGAUUCAAUGAGGUCUCUGUGUCUUCUGACGUCAGGGACAGGGAGGUGUGAGACAAAACGACAGAUGCCCUGUCACCUAAAGGUGGCUUUGUGAAGUUAAGGUGAUAUCACAGCGGAAGAACUGCUUGUGUCACCCCUACAUGACAGACAGACACACAUACACACACACAAAAUACACAACACACAACUCACAUACCGACACACCGAUGAAGGUCUGACUGGUGCCGCUGACUGUGGUGAGAUCUGGGAGAGCCAUUGAUGGUCGCUGCUCUGCGCGUGGAUGGACAGAAUACAGAGGGACAAUGUCUAAAGUGUUGUGGCUGGAAAUUAGAUUAACUGUCUUUAAAUCAACCUAUCAAUGGCAGAAACAGUCGCAGGUGGGUUUAGGACCGUUAGGACGUUUUAGGUCGAUAAGGGAGUUCCAACUGUUUAAGUGCAGGUAAAUUAAGUAUUUUUCUAUUCUAUUCCCUCUCUUAAAAAAAUACUUAAUUUAUCUCCUGGGGGAAAUUUUGAGUGUCCAGUAGCAUACAUACGUAAGUAAACAUAAUUAAUAGCAACAGUAAAUAGAAUACUUGUAAUAUAUAUAAGACUGCAUUAACAUGUAUGUCUGGAAGGACCUCCUGAACCUGCAGCCCUGCAGCGUAGUGAGAGAAGCCUCCCACUGUUGCCUCUUCUCUGCCCCUCCAGGACGUCAUCGAGGGAGUGCCUGAUGAAAAUCUGAAAUCGAUUCAGACUCCUUUUUUAUGGCUUAAAAGGGUGCUACACCUCAUUUUCAUACAUCAGGCUGCAGAUUACACAGGCUGAUGUGAGGCCAGUAGGUCCUCAGGCAGCGUCUACUAUCAAGUUGAAUAAUGGCACUCACACCGCACUGAAAGACGAGGAGGGAAAGAGAAGAAUGGUUGUAAACAGGCAGGAGGAGAUGAUAGAUAAAUAGAUAUAUACUGCUGGAUGGUGAAAGGUUAACUUUACUCUGCUUUCAUACCAGCUGUAUUUGAUCUCUGGUGAUUAAACGAAAUAAAGCUGAGCUCUGGAA